GUGCAGGUUGUCGUACAGAAAAAGUAUUUGCAAAUACUGGCCGCCUAGAACACACUGCUCAGGUGGUGGGUGACGCAGGAGGGGCGUAUGACAUAGGCUAUUUAUUUGGUGCCUGGAAUUCCAGUGAGCGUGUAGGGCCAUCUAUCUGCAUGCCCUUUGCACCAAAGCCGUGUCUAGCCUAUCUUUCCUCUUCUAUCGCUGCCUACCAAUGUUUGACCACCCUAAAAACAUUAAUGACUUGGCCGACGGAGACAUACUGCGGCAGAUUCUCUUAUGCGCCAGCAAUGAUGUUCUACAUGAGAAUUACGGGAUGGACACGUAUUGCCAAAUUAUGAUGCUAGCACUCGUGUGCCGCAGGUGGAUGCAGCAGCUCAAGCAGCAGCUUUGUCAGACAGCCAUUGUGGAACGCCAGAAGAUGCAUCCUGAUGCCACACAAGCUGGGCAGCCGGCAAUAUACGGCGUCAGUUCCAACAUACCCUUCAUCCUUCGAUCGCAACAGUCUGCAGCAACACGGAGGCUGAUGAUUAUUGGCAUCUUUAGCGGGAGCGCCUUUCCCUUGGUCGAUGCCCUGGACCAGCUCCACUUUAGCUCAGGUACAUGGUCUGCUAUGGAGUCACUAAGAUUUAAAAGCUACAUAGCCCCCAACAAGUAUCUGCCAAGCAUCGUAUCCACUCGCCACACAAGCGACUACUUGCUUCGGAACAUACCAAACAUAGCUGAAAUCGCAGACAAGGAGAGUACUGUGGGCGGACCUCAGCGAUUCCUCAUCAGCAUGCUUGUUUCAGCGAGACUACCAAAGCUGCGCUUACUGCAAUUGCACCAGCCACAGCUCGGGCUUGAUGCACCUAGCUGCUCGCCUGAAAAUAUCACUGGUCUCACACUAAGCGCACCGGUGGUUCUCCGCCAUCGCAUGCAUCUACCGCGCAUCAUGGCGACACAGCUGCAGUAUCUCAGCAUAUACCUCGUCGACGGAUCGUUUCCUUGGACGUAUUUCACCGAUUCAUCUCAUGGUAGUAUUGUGUUCUCUUACCUUGAAAGACUGAGACUGGAAUUCGCAGAAAACGAAGUCCCGCCAGUGGCGGUUUCUAGUGAGGGUAUGAUAUUGGUGUUUCCAAGGCUCAGAGAGCUGGACAUCCAAGGGGCACUCGCUGUGUAUACCGAUUUCUACUCUCUCUUUGUAGCAUCGCCAGUUCAGUCGCUCGUUUUACAUGAGUCUGUCGACAGAUGGGACGCUUUGGAUGUUCGCAUACUCAAAAAGGUCAAAGCGCUGGAUUUGCAUCUUGCAAGAGGAAAUGGGCACUUGGGUGACCGUGAUCAGAGUAUUUUUUCCAUGCUUGCCUUGGCCAGCCCGGUGCUCCAAGAUGCCAGGCUGGAUAUCCCGCGACUGUGUCUUUUGCCUGGCCAGCAAACAAACUGGCCACUCUUGCAGUGCCUACACAUCGUUGCUGACUGCGUUGAGCUACGUGCUGUCGAGGUGUUGAUAAUACAGCUCCCACGGCUCUGGCACCUCCAGAUCGACUGCUUUACAACAGAGUGUUCAUAUGGAAUGCCACUAGCAGAGCUUGCACUGCUCGCAACCCACUGCCGACUCCAGGUGAUAGAGAUAAAGACAGCAGCGCCCAUCGAUGAACCGGGGACUGAAUGGCUGCAGAGACUUGCUCACGUCAUACCAUCGCUCAUGGAUGUUCAGAUCCGAACGAAACUUCCAGCUUAAACUAUGCAUGUGUGUUUCAUUACAUUCUGCUCCUAGUCUAAACGAAAUAGAGCGCACAGGGGGUCUAGAUGCCGCCAAACUUGUUUUGGUUUGCAAGCUGGUUCAUCGAGAACUUUGGCUUCUGGUCCGCUGCGCCCUUGCCCUUUGUGUUGGACAGCGACAGCGAGUCAAGCGACAG